UAUUCCUCUUUCUAAUCAUCUUAUUCAUCCACAACAAAGACGGCUUUUAUUUCAAACCGUGAAUACAACGAGCAGAAGACACAGGGUGCAGGUGCCAUGUGUUCUUUAUUUGACGGCUGCGCGGCUCGAGUCUGGAGUUACGUCGCUUUCAUGAAUGAAAGGGCACAAGGCAGAAGUAAGACAUGUCUUAACUGAAAGCAGUCGAACAAAGAUGAAGGGAUCCAGCUCCAGAUGGGCCUUCAUGCUGGGCUUCCUGGUUGGUUCGUGCUGCGUAUAUUUAUACCUGCGCCAGGUGUGGUUCGAGAGGAGCUACCCUGUGCUGACUGAGGCCCAGGAGAAAGGAACAAUCUUCAAAGAUAAACUGACCAACUGGAAGAAACAUGGCUCGGCACUUGUCAACCAUAUACAUCCUCAUCAUACAGGGGAGGAUAGCCAGGUUGCAGAUGCCUUAUACAAGAAAGUCCGAGUCCUCUGCUGGGUAAUGACUGGCCCUUCAAAUUUGGAGAUCCGAGCACGUCAUGUCAGAGCCACCUGGAGCCGCCACUGUAACCUGGUGGUUUUCAUGAGCUCUCAAGAGGACAGUGACUUUCCCACUGUGGGCCUUGGCACCAAGGAGGGCCGCGACCAACUCUACUGGAAAACCAUCCGUGCUUUCCAUUAUGUCCACCAGCACCAUUUAAAUGAUGCAGACUGGUUCCUCAAAGCUGACGAUGACACUUUUGUGAAUGUGGACAACUUGCGCUGGCUUUUGUCCAAUCACACUCCAGAAGAACCUGUAUAUUUUGGCAAACGCUUUAAACCUUACACCAAACAGGGCUACAUGAGCGGAGGGGCAGGGUACGUGCUCAGUAAAGAGGCCCUGCAGAGGUUUGUGGAGGGGUUUCGGACUAAAGUUUGUACACAUACCACUCCUGUAGAGGACCUUGCCCUAGGACAGUGCUUAGAAAGGAUGGGAGUCAUGGCAGGGGAUUCCAGAGACACUUUGCAGAGAGAGACAUUUCAUCCCUUUGUACCGGAGCAUCAUUUAACAGGAAAAUUCUCCAAGAGCUUUUGGUACUGGAGCUACUGCUACUACCAAAUUGUUGAGGGUCCCCAGUGCUGCUCUGACCUAGCUGUGUCAUUUCAUUAUGUGGAUGCAGAGCUCAUGUACACACUGGAGUACUACACUUACCACCUGAGGGCGUAUGGAUACAAGCCUCGGUAUAGACCUCCCCUUCGCCGUGGUCUCCUCCCCACCUCCUCACUCUCCCACACGCCCACUGUUCCACCUGCUCAUGAAAGCACGAAUGGGAUGACAGACCAGAGAAACCUCACGACAGCAGACCACAUCCUCAGUAUGAACCAAACCACAACAAAAAACGAGGAAACUAGUCCAAAAUAUAGACAUAAUGAGAAUGCAACAACUACUUUAACACAAGAAACGCAACAUUGAUUAUGCUGUGACUGUAUUUACAAAGAAAGAAAGGACAAUUACUAAAUUGAUGUGAUUUGGACUUCAACUGUCAACUCUUAUGGAAAAGUUUUUUAUAGUCUAAUUUGACUAUUUUUUAACUAUAUUUUAUUGUACAAAAAUCACAGUGCCUAUUUCAGCUUUUAACAGCAACUAGGUCUUUCUAAUCCACUAAUCAAUCAAAGGAAAAAAUAUUGAGGCAACAAUGGGUUAUUCCAGUUUGUUUUAUUAAACUUGUUUUAUUAAAAUGCACAGCAGGCAUUGAAGCACACUGUUUUUAAAAAGCCAUGAGUGCAUUUUGAGAAAUGUUUUUAUUUGACUUUGAGGUGACA